UUUAACGAUAUAGUAGGUGUGGGACGACGAUUCUGGGUGAGCGAGCGAGUGAGAGAGUGAAAGGAUAGACGAGGAAACCAAUUACUGAACACGGCAUAUAUUUGACUUUGCCAACUGUGAUUUGCACUAGUGUACAAGCUACGAAUGAAUAAUAUCAGAAUGAGGCAUCAGUGCAUCAGUAUUUUAGAGUUCGAGUCGCCCGGCCGGGUACGCAAAUUUUUAUAGCGUAUGCACAAACACACGAAAUAGGCGAGAGACAUAUGGAUGAGUGUGUGUAUAAGGGCGUUUGGCAUGGCAAAAGUGUGUGCUGGCUUAAAGGCCAAUAACGGCUAGUCGUUGUCGAUCGCUGACUUGACAAGGGAAAUAAGAGUCUCACCAUUGAGUAAGAGUGGUUAGACAAGGGAGAUACGUAGAAUUAGGGCGCCGCCUACGAGUUCGCGCAUUUUGAGGUUAAGUGGUCUGCUAAAAUUCGAAGGGUUGUGCAUUCGAGACGGCAUCUAAAUUUGUUUGGAGAGGGAAAAGGGAUUGGGGGUAUAGAGAGGUGUUCUUCAACUAUUCGGAGUUGGAAGUAAGCGUCGCGUGCAAACCACGACGCUUCAAGCGGUGUUGACUUGCGAGCGCGGGACAAAGGCUUGAGAAGGGAGCUCGUUUUCCUGGUGCCUCGAUGAAUAUGCUAGCUGUAAAUUCAAGUGGGACAGUGCGGGAGCGAGGGUCGACCUUGCUAGCCGUUUGACGAACAUUUACGCGGCUCCACGCAUUCGGGAAUGCUCUGGUGCCUUCGGUACCUCUGGUUCAUCUGCUGACACCAUUAGCCUCAUUGAAACAUGGUCAAGGAGAAGCCAAAUUCCAUUCGAAUCUAUGACUCUGAAGGCUACAGGCGUAGGGCGGCCUGUAUUUGUGUUAAAAACGAUCUCGAGGAAGAGGUUUUACUGGUGACAUCCAGUCGAAGACCCGAUAGCUGGAUUGUGCCUGGUGGAGGAGUCGAACCAGAAGAGGAGCCUGCAGUAACAGCCUUGCGAGAAGUUCGAGAAGAGGCUGGUGUGCUUGGACAAUUAGGCAGAUGUCUCGGUAUUUUUGAAAACGUUGAACACAAACACAGAACUCAAGUUUGGGUAAUGAGAGUUACUGAGGAAUUACCAGAGUGGGAAGACUCCCGUUCCAUAGGUCGUAAACGUAAGUGGUUUUCUAUACCAGAGGCUCUACUUCAACUUGCGCAGCACAAACCUGUCCAGCGUUCUUACAUUCACAGUCUUCAUAAUACAAAUCCUCGUCGAAAUAAUUCCAGUAUGCCUUUGGUGCAGUAUCCGCAUAGUCCGAUGGCAUCGAUCCAGCUGGUUAACAACUCUGGAAGCAGCCCUCAUUUUAACAAGCACAGCUAAUAAUUCAAGUAUCAUCAAAUCAUAUUUGGCAAACAAGCAUCUUCAACCAAAUCUUGAUUGCUGUCUCCUAUCAGUCCUUUGUGAGGAUUAUGAUAAUUAUUACUGCUGUAUUUUAUACAUAUAACUAUAUUAAUUAUGCUAAUUAUUAUUAAUAUGAAUUACUAAUAAACUGGUCCAUAUAGGAGCAGUUUCAUGACUCUUUAUUCAAAG